ACGGAUUAUUUCUUGUGAAAUUUUGAAACACUAAAUUGAGUAAAUUCUAACUCCCUUCCUUUUUGUUUUUUUCCCCGUCGUUUCAGUAAUGGAAAGGAGCGGUCCCUUUAGCAAGAAGAUAUUUAUACAGCGAGACUACAGCUACGGGACUGCAGUGAGAUUUUCUAGCGAAUUUCCACAAGAACUAAGAGGAAAGAUUGGUGAGAGAGAGUUUCAAGAGACGAUCGAUGAAAUAAACGUUAUAUUUGAGGAGGCAGAGGCGUACAAUUGCCAGAGAUAUGGCGAGGGCUGUCUUGCCUGUUUGACCGGAUACACUAUUCAUUUCUGUUUUAAAACACAUUAUCAGAAAUGCACUGAAAGAGCUGCUAGAUACAUUCAAGAGAGAAAUUAUCACAUUUUUGAGAGACAUGGAGUGUUAAUGGGUGAUCCAAUGGAUAGGGGACUCAGAUGUAUUGAAGUUAACAUAACAUAUGAUGGUGAUCAAUGAACUACCUCCUUUUCUCUCUCUCUUUGUUCCUGUCACCUUUAUGUCUGUUUUUCAUGUUUUGCUAUUCUCAUUAAUUUUAUUAAUUUUGUUUUAAUCUCAUUAUAAUGUCUGUCAUGUUUAUUGCUUGCUAACAAAUAACACAUACAGUUUACACACACGCACACACACAUUCAAUUUUCAAGACACAAAGUCUAUAGAAAUGGUCAUAAUAAUCAUAUCAACUUCAGAUCUAGUGUGUCCACGGGCCACAUACAAGGACAUCAAUAGAUAGAGAAUUAACAGAGCUAGUUCUCACUUAGUAUGUUGUGUGUGUCUCUUUUAUUAAAAUAUCGAGUACAUUACGUCAUUUCUUGC